AUGGUACAACAGAAUGCGGACCAGAGCGUCACUGUCAACCUUCCAGCCGACCCUGAGAAAGUCGAUUACAUUAAAUUGCCCAAGUCCAUCGCGAAACUCAAAGAGCACUUUCAAGACGCAGGUGACAAAAUCACCCUUGUGGCCUCGAAGGCCAAGCCUGACGGGUUCGAAAAAUUCGAGAAUGCUGAAGGAGAGGAGGUAGUCCUCACCAACAACCACGUCUUUGAGGUAACGUCAGUCACCUCAAAAGGUGCAGAGCUUCUUAGCCCUUGGUACAGGUCAAUGACCAAACAUUACGACUGGGAAGACCUCAAGGGCAACCUCAUCGAAAUCGCCAAGGCGGAUAUUCCGCCCGUCCAACCAAACAACCGUCGCCAAGCAGCCAGUUGCCCAUCCCCUCAGGCUAAAGCCCAAGCCGCUGCAGAGGCAGCCGCCGCCGCGGCUGAAACUGCAGCUGUAGCUGGGGAACCUGCUGCCGCUGUAGCUGCCGCCGUAGCCGCAGUAGAAGGAGCUGGACCCGUAGCUGCAGCUGCAGCGGCAGCAGUUGAGGCUGGCCUCGACCCUUUUGCAGUCGCUGCAGCCGCUAAAGCAGCCGCGGAAGAUGUUUACAACAGUGAUUUUUCAUCGUCCACCGACUCUUAUGGGUCAGCGCCGGCUACCGACGGCCGGAUUAAAACAUUCAUGCCUACCGUGGCGACCACCAGGUCUGCUCAGUCGAUGGGAACAGAGGAUGGGCCAUCGGCAACGGUGACUCCUGCAGACAGCACCCCAAGCCCUGCUCCGGAAUCGUCCCCGCUUUCUGAUUCCACAAGCACGACUUGGACAGAGAGCAACCCAACCCCUGUCGCCGAACCGUCCCCUUCUGCAGAUUCAACACUCACGCCGUCGAUGCCGUCCACCGAGAUGCCCACCAGCCAAGCUCCCUCAGACGAGGAGACGGCGGCCACUCCUGCGCCAUCGACCUUUGUGUCCCCAGAAGUGCCACCGAGUACUUUUGUGACUCCCAGUCCCGACGUGACUGAGAGUCCCAGUCCAGAAGUGGCUGAUACCCCGAGUCCAGAAGUGCCAGGGAGUACUUCUGUGACUGAUACUCCCAGUCCCGAAGUGACUGAGAGUCCCAGUCCCGACGUGACUGACAGUCCCAGUCCCGACGUGACUGAGAGUCCCAGUCCCGACGUGACUGACAGUCCCAGUCCCGACGUGACUGACAGUCCCAGUCCCGACGUGACUGACAGUCCCAGUCCCGACGUGACUGACAGUCCCAGUCCCGACGUGACUGAUACCCCCAGUCCAGAAGUGCCAGGCAGCACUUCUGUGACUGAUACUCCCAGUCCCACAGCAAUGGAAUCCCAGCCGACGCCAUCAACGACCCCCACAACAAACGUUUAUCUUACCCACCCGCCUUACCCGAUACCCGUUGUAUCCUCCCUCACGUCUACCACCACAGACAACGUCUACCUUACCCACCCACCGUACCCGAUACCUCCUAUCCCACCCUGUGCAACAUCGCAGUGCUUCACUACCGAACCCACCACCCCGCCCACUGAUCCCCCAACGCUCGUUGAGCCAACCCCUACACCAACUCCUUCACCCUCAUCGUCUUUCAGCUUCGACGAUCCCAUUACAGGUGCCAUGUGUAUUGCCCCCGACGGACUGGGUAUGAUGCCCUGUCCUACCUGGAAUUAG